GAGAAACAGAGAAGAGAAACAGAGAAGAGAAACAGAGAAGAGAAACAGAGAAGAGAAGAAGAGGAGACAGGAGAGACAGAGAAGAGAGACAGGAGAGAAGAGAAGAGAGACAGAGAAGAGAGACAGAGAAGCGAGACAGAAAAGCGAGACAGAAAAGCGAGACAGAAAAGCGAGACAGAGACAAGAA